UCAUUUUUUAUGAGGGGAGGGGAGGGGAUUGGAGGUAAUCUGAUUCCCUCCUGAAGCAACUUUUCGUUUCCCCCAAAUCGGAGGGAUUUGGAGGAGAGGGAGAGGAGUUAUGAUAAAAUCUAUUUUUUCUAUAUUGACAAAAUUACCCUCACUUUUUAAUUAAAAUCUUAAAUUGUUUUUAGGCUUAAUUACACUUUUGGUCCUCGUGUUUUAACCAACUCACGAAUAUGGUCCUGCCUCUUUGAAAUCCACGAUUUUGGUCCUAACCUCCACUCCCCCCCUCCCAAAACGCUGAUGUGUCAUUAAAAAAGCUUAUGUGGCAUGGCUGACCUGGUUAAAUACAAUAUAAAUCACUUUUUAUUAUUUGUAAAAAUUCUGAAAUUUAUUUUAAUUGAAUUAAUGCUCAAAUCCCUAAUUCACCUUGCCCUAAAUCAAUUUCACGCCCUUGUUCCAAUUCAGAUUCGUUUUCCUUGUUUCCAUCAACUAUUUCGAUUCACUCCAAUCUCUUCAUUUCUCCAACAUCUUCGUCUUCAAUCGUUUGUCCUUAAUCAUCAAUGUCACAAGCUAGUUACAUGUCGACCUCUAGCUGUGCGUCACGAAGAAGAGAAGUACGUUGCUUCUGUGACCUUGACUCACCUCUCACUACUUCAUGGACGACUGGGAAUCCUGGGAGGAGGUUUAAUGGGUGUGGGUUAUUCAAGUUGCAGGGAAGAAAGGGAUGUGAUUUCUUUAGUUGGUAUGAUGUUGAAAUGUCCGUUCGUGCAAAGGAGGUUAUUUUGUCGCUAAUGAAGAAAAUUGAUGAACAUAAGCAGAAGGACAAUGCAAAGUUGAAACAAGAUGAGGAUUUGAGGAAGAAACUAAAGUUUUGGCAAGGAAUGUUUGUUGCAUCUGUUGUGGUCAUAAUAGGAUUGUUUUGUUUUGUCAACUUCAAGAAUUGAAGAAUGUGAUGAAAUUAGUUGUUAUGUUUAGGAGGUUAUUUUGUCUUCUUUGUUAGGUAUUAUGUAAGAAUGUCUG